AUGAAAGUCAUUAAGGAUGAAGUUGGUGAAGACGGUCUUCAGAUAUGUGUUGAGAUAUGUGGAUGUGCCCUACAGUUGGACCUCCGUGAAGAUCCCAACAUGAAAAGUCUUAUUUAUAAAGCAAUUGCUCAUUUUCUGCCAAAUGACUUGGAGAUCCUCAGAAUUUGUGCUCUCUCCGUCUUUUUUCUUGAGCGCACCUUGGAAUCUUACUACACUGUUGAACAUUUAUAUAAAUGUGCAGAUGAAGAAUACAAUGAGUGCACUAGUUCUGUUCAAAACCGUGUACGUUUUGAACUGCUUCCAAUUUUGAAAAAAGGCUUGUUUUUUGAUCCUGAGUUUUGGAAUUUCUUGAUGAUCAAGCAAAAUUGUUUAGCGUUACUGGGGGAUAAAGCCUUCAUUGGCUCAAGUGAAAGUACACUGGAAAACUCCACUGCAAAUACAGAGAAGAUAACAGAGUAUGGUGCUCUGAGUGAAGAACGUGUCUGUUUAACAGAUGUAAGCAACGGGGAGCUUGAACCUGAAGACCUCUCUGAAACCCAGUCCAAAGGUAAUGCCAAAAAGAACCAUGAAGCUCUCGAGGCAUCUGAAGUGUCAGAUGAAACUUUACCAAGGCACCGCUGUGUGAUAUGCAACAAGGAAUUUCUUGGUGGUCACAUUGUGAAACAUGCACAAGCUCACCAAAAAAAGGGCAGUUUUUCCUGUGUACUUUGCACCAGAAAGUUCAGGCAAAAAGGACUUAUGCUGAAGCACUUGAAGAAUCAUGUCAGGAAGAUAGAAAGGCAACAUCUUGCUGCAGUUCUUGAGGCUGGUCAGAAGGCUUCUGCUGUCAACGAGCUAGAAUGUUCUGACGUUUCUCUGUCUCUUGAAAAUGGGAAUUCUGAUGGUUCCAAAGAAAAUGAGCCAGAGACUGCAAAAGCUCCCAGUGUUGACCAAGUGGUCCAAGUGGAGGAGGAGAAUGCGGAACAAGUAUUUGAUGCAGUGGAAAACCAUCUAAGUGAUGAGGAUGAUGCUACUGAAAAUAGUAGUGACAGCUGUUUUAAUAAUGUUCCUGAUGCUUUAAGUACAGAAAGUUUGCCUGAAGGUGAUGAGAGCUCCAGUAAAGAGUCAUCUAUUCUGCAUAAAGUGAAUGGAGCUUUUUGCUCUGAAAAAGACAUGGAUGCUAUGGAUGAGGAAGGAAGCUUUAAGUGCCCUGCUAAUGGUUGUGCUAGAGUGUUUAAAAAGAUAAGAUUUCUCAACAAACAUGCAAGAAAAUCUCAUCCAACUGAUUUGAAGGUGCAACAGCAUAUAAUGAAAUGGAAUAAAGGAAAAUGCCGGUUCUGCCAGAGAAAAUUUGCUGAUUCCCAACAUUUUAUAGACCACCUGAAGAGGCAUGUGUAUCCAAAUGUUUACUUUUGUUUACACUUCAAUUGUAAUCAGAGAUUUAAGCUGUCAACUGAACUUGCAGAGCAUACAAAAAGUCAUAGUGUUUUUAAAGCUCAAUGCAAUUUUGCCGAGUGCUGUGAGCUAUUUGAGGAACUUCCUUUGCUGUAUGAACACGAGGCUCAGCAUUAUUUAAAUAAAACACUAGAAUGUUCAGAAGAUGCAAGUGAAAAAGAUUCUUCAGAUGAUCCUUCAGAACUUUGUAGUUACCAAGAUGAUGAUGAAUCUAUUAAUGAAAAGGAAACUGUAGAUUUACCAAUUCCAACUUGGAAAUCAAGGAAGGAUUCUACAGAACCAAAGACAUAUAUUCAAAGUGUUGAGAAGAAAACAAAUAAUGUCAUUCAUAAUGGAAAUGAAAGUUCAUCUGAGGGUAGUGCUACAGUUUUAACUGUGAUAGACCAAAAGACACCUGCGUUACAGCCAAAUUCUGAAAACUGUAAUGUUGUUAGUGACCAACUAGUCAAUGGACACAGUGACCUAAAUCAGACAUCAUCAAAGUCAACAGAAAUACCCUUGGACAGAGUGGCAGGUGAAACAAGGACAGAAAAUGGUUCAGUGUUACCAGUUUUACAGAAUUGUCAUGAUGUACCACCAAAUAAUGCUGCUCCCUCACAAAUACCUUCUAAACCAAAUCAACCAACAGAGAAUACUUCAUAUGGUGUCAUCUUAACAAAACCAUAUGUUAGACCAUUGCCUCCGAGUUACCUUGAUGAACGAUACAUUAGCAUGCCAAAACGUAGAAAAAUGUUGGCUGAUAAAGUAGAUGCUCAUUCUGAACAAGAUGAAUUUUGUAGCAAAUCAACAGAAAGAUUUAGAUGUGGCAACUGCUUGACCAUCUACUGUAAUUCAGAAGCACUUGAGGCUCACCUUGCACAAAAGAAGUGUCAGACGCUCUUUGGAUUCGAUUCAGAUGAUGAAAGUGCCUGAUUCAGUCUUGUGGGAAAAUGUAUCAAAUGAGGAGUGGUGUAAGAAAACACUACGUGGAGAAGCAUCAGUUGGUUUCCCAGUUGGCCUUAAUCAUAAAGCAGUCUCAAAUUACUAAAGAAAAACAUGA